AUGCCGUCUCCAGCCGUCAUUGUUGCUAAGAAUUCGCCGAAGCAGAAGCUGAAGCCCACCGACAGUGUCAUCCUCAUCGAGUGCAACACUCCGGCCGAGCAGUACGCCGCCGCCCACAUGAACACCAAAAAGGAGCUGACCGCCUUCCUCGUCUUCAUCGCCAUCACCAUCGCCGGAUUCUUCGUCCUCGUGAAGCUCACUUAA